UGGCAACCACCGUAACACUCGUCCAGUUCUAAAUGCAGAGGAGGAAGAGGAAUGGCGACAGUUUCUCUAUCCGCAUUAUCCACCUCUCCACACUCAUCUCGCGUGACCAAUUCUCACAGGACCCACAAACUCUCCACCUUUGUUCCCAUUAGAGACCUCUGCCUCCAUUCCUGUAACAAAGUUUCUUUUAGUCUCUUGACUUUCAGGAAGCAGAGAAAUUAUCAGAAAGUAAGGUCUUCGGAGGAAGAAACCGCAGUCGUAGACGAACAAUCAACAACACCCCCGGAAGAAGCAACAGAAGCUGAACAGCCAACUGUUUCCGUCCCUUUCUCUCCCUCAGACAAGCUCACCAUGUACUUCCAGGCAGAGGGAACAAUGAGUGAAGUAGCUAUUCCUAAAGUUACCCAGGCGUUGAAGGGAAUGGAGGGAGUUACUGAUUUAAAUGUCCAAAUCCUUGAGGGCAUUGCAAAGGUUGAGUUAGCAAAACAGACAACAGUACAAGCUACAGGGGUGGCUCCGGGUUUGGUUGAGGCCAUACAAGGUUCAGGUUUCAAGUUACAAACGCUAAACCUGAGUUUUCAGGAAGAAGAUUACUCGUGGAGGAAAAUAAUGGCCAUUCAGGGUGCAACGAUGGGUUAUCAAAUAGUUCGUUUGUCUACUAUUGUUAAUGCUCCUCUACCAAUAUUGAGUUUUCGUUCAAACUUGUGCAAAGUACUUUAUAGUUCAAAAAGUGGAAAAUUGGGUUUCUGCGUAGCUGAGAGACGCACGAAUGUAAGGACUUGUGCCACUAAAUCGAACCAAGUGUCUUCUUUGGAAUCCCACCAGGCAAUUUGGGAAGAUCCUGAUGAUGGGAGUGGAAGUGAAUAUGAUGAAGAGGAUGAGGAAGCGGAAGAAAAUGACUUGGACUUUGAAAGUGAUUGGGAAGCAGAAAAGGAUGCAGCACCAAACAACAGCAGCGACAAGAAAACGUCAAGCAACUAUGAAGAGAAUCUUUUAAAAGAGGUAGAACUUCUUUUGGGACCAGAAGAGAGAGCAAUUUUGCAGCAAAAUGCGACUCCUGAUCUUGACAGAAUAUCAACAGUGAAGUGGCAGCCACUCCACACUCUAGCGCUAUCAGGGCAGAUAUAUUUCAUGGACAAGCUACUAAGCAAAGAGGGGAUUGAUAUUAAUCAUGUGGAUAAGGAUGGACUUACGGCCCUGCACAAGGCAAUUAUUGGUAAGAAAGAGGCUGUAAUUAGUCAUCUUUUGAGGAAAGGUGCAAGUCCGCAUGUUAGAGAUAGGGAUGGUGCCACCGCUCUUCAUUAUGCCGCUCACGUCAGUGCUAUACAAACUGUGAAAUUGUUGAUAAAAUACGAGGUUGAUGUCAACGUUGCAGACAAUGAAGGUUGGACUCCUUUGCACAUUGCUGUGCAAACCAGAAAUCGAGUAAUAGUGAAAAUUUUAUUAGUCAAUGGUGCAGAUAAGACUAGAAGAAAUCAGGACGGAAAAACUCCACUCGAUCUUGCCUUGUGCUAUGGAAAGGAUUUUAAGUCGUAUGACCUUGCCAAGCUACUGAAGACUGUACCAGCUACAGAUCUCCUAUGAGGAAUGGGCAACGGCGCGAUUACAUCACUCUUUCAUAUGAGGUGUUUAUUGAUGACCUUGCAUCCAUUGGCAAAUUCAUAGGUUGUUUGAAAAAAGCGCUAUAUAUAUUAGCAUGAAGUAGCAUAUGAAGAAAGCGCGGGAAAAAUGGUUUGAUGAUCACAUUGAACAGCUGGGACAAGGAUAUGCUUAAGUUCAUUGUACUCCAUAUGUUACAAAAUCCAGAAUUCUCUCUCAUUUAUCGUAUUUUCACAGUUUCUUUUCUAUCCAACCAAACACUAUGAUUGCCAGAAUUCCACUUCCAGAUAG